GCGAAGCAAUCGGAUUCUAGAACUGCUGAGAAGCUAUUAAGCAGCAUGGAAGUGUUGCUCUCUCGAGUUUUGGCCACCCAACAAACACCCCUGCUGAGUACAAAUCGUACAACUCUUUUGAAGUUUGACCCGGAGGAGCCCGACUCGGAUAUUGAUGGAUGGUGUAAAGUGACUGAUUUUAUUGUGCAAAAUAAAAAUCUGGAAGGUGUCAAUUUACUGAUAGCGUUGACGGAGGCGCUGAAAGGUAGUGCAGCAGCGUGUUUAACGAAGCUUAAUUUAGAUGAUAUUACAUGGGAAUCAGUUAAAGAAAUUCUAAUUGCAAGAUUUUCAAAACCCAAACUUCUGCAAGAUUAUUUCGAUGAGGUGCUACGGUUUCAAAUAGGCGCUAAAGAGACUGCGUCUGAAUCUGCCCUUAGGCUAUGGAAUCUGAUCGAAAGAAUACCUGAAAGUACGAUGUCUGAGAAGGUAAUUACUGGAUUUGUGAUAUCUGUGUUGUGUCAGAAGGACAGUUUGAUACGUCGUGAGCUAAACUCUCAAACAAUAACGACGCGAGCUCAGUUAUUUCGAGUACUUGGUGGAGUAUCAUUUAAGCGACGCAUGGACACCGAAGUCGAAGAACCUGAAGCAAAACGUGCUCGUUUAAUGGACAAAUUCAACGGAAAAUGUCACUAUUGUGGGUUACUCGGACACCGUAUCGCCGAUUGCAGAAAGCGUCGAGACGAAAUCAGAAUGAAGACUCAAGAUACUUCGAGUUCCUCGCGAGUCGUAGAGAAAAGGACGACCCCGACCUGCUACAAGUGUGGUCAGCCUGGGCACGUGGCAACUGUCUGUCCAGAUAGGAAGAACGGCGGUGAAACUGCCGUCAAGGAGGUCCAUCAGUGUCAACACCGCCCCUCCAGGAGCAUUUUGGAGACAUCCUCUGGAACACAAUAACGCCCGAGGACGGUCGUAUGUCAGUCUGGCCGUGUCGGCGCACGUUGGGAUGGCAAUGUCAAGAGUGACAGCUUGUCACUGUCACUCUAGCGGAGCGUCGAGUCGAUGGUAGCGGGGCGGCCAUCUUGGUUCGACAGAACGUACAGAGCGGUCGCAGGCGCACCACGUUUUCGACGAAUCGCUAUACAUCAUUUAAAUCAAAGUUCUUUUUGAAGUGAUUAGGUAUUAAUUAGAGCCUCAGUGAUUAUUGUUAUCUAGUUACAGUUUUAUUUUCGAAGUAAAAUACAACGACAACAAUUCUAAAACGGUUUUAAUUCAAAUAUCCCUACUUGAACCAAUCUACCCACACACCCACGCUGCACGAUGAAUGAUUCAGAUGAUGAAGGCCGUCCUGAGCUUUCAGAUAUAAUAUACAUUGUUCGAAUAAUAAAAGAAAAGUAAUUUGGUCAAACACUUUAGGCGGUGACGGGUGAAGUAUACAAUUACAUAAAUUGUGUCUGAUCUACGCGUUAACUUAUAAAUAAAAGCAGUCAUUCUUGAAAUAUAUCUAAUUUAUCACUUGUACCUACAUCGAUAGCCGGCGGUCAAUUGACAAAGGUCAAAUUCAUUCAUUUUAUGUCAUUUAAUAUCUUUAUCGUUUUUGUCAAUGAGUGCGCCCUGAUGUUUAUUACUUAUUCUAGUCUUUUAUAGUUAAUUUUGUUGGAUUCAUGUCGUAUUACAUUACAAAGCAAAAAUGUUUAUUUUAUCAAAUACGCAUGCGGGACGAAUGUGCUGUGCUUGCUAUUGACAUUAAAAAAAAAUUGUUUACAGUACCAACCUUGAAAUAAGAACUGUCAUAGAUGGCCCGUCACUAAAUUCGAAAUUUGAACGUCAAAGGCUCACAAAGCGUCGUCCAUCUUUGAUCCGAAUCUAAUCGCUACAAAUACGGAAUUCAGCGUGACUAGUGAAAAAGGCUCUGACACGAGUGUUUGUAAAAUGAGCGGUCUUACAAAUGUUCCGACAAUUUGCAAGUCGGAUUACACAGGAUUAUUCAAUUACUAUUGUCAUUAGCUUUAAUUGUUGGCUUGAUAACUCUGUGUGUUAUGUGAUGUUGCGAAGUAGGAUAGUUAUAUGGUUGCUAUCCGGACAAUUGCUGCAUCAUGUACUUAUAUUUACACGUGCUUAUA